AUGGUGAGGGCAGCAAGGAAUCUGAGUGUGGAGACGACCUUUGCCCUCUUAGGUUUCACAGAUUACCCAGAACUUCAGAUUCCUCUCUUCCUUGUGUUUCUGAUCAUGUAUGUUAUCACUGUGGUAGGAAACGUUGGAAUGAUAGUCCUAAUCAAAAUUGACCCCAAGCUCCACACCCCCAUGUACUUCUUCCUCAGUCAUCUUUCUUUUGUUGAUUUGUGUUACUCUUCAAUCAUCACUCCCAAGCUGCUUGAGAGCCUGGUCAUGGCAGAUCAGAGCAUCUUGUACUUGAGCUGCAUGUUGCAGUAUUUCCUCUCCUGCACAGCUGUAGUGACCGAGUCCUUCCUGCUGGCGGUGAUGGCCUAUGAUCGCUUCGUGGCCAUCUGUAAUCCUCUGCUUUACACAGUUGCCAUGCCACAGAGGCUCUGUGACCUUCUGGUGGCAGGGUCAUAUCUUUGGGGUAUGACUGGCCCCUUGGUACUCCUUUGCUAUGCUCUCCAUCUAAACUUUUCUGGACACAAUGUGAUCAACCACUUUUUCUGUAAGUACACUGCUCUCAUCGCUGUGUCCAGCUCUGAUGUUCACAUCCCCCACCUGCUGCUUUUUGCCUUUGCCACCUUCAAUGAGGUGAGUACACUGCUGGUCAUCCUCACAUCCUAUGUUUUCAUUCUCAUGACUGUACUAAAAAUCCUUUCUGCCAGUGGACGUCACAAAGCCUUCUCCACCUGUGCCUCCCACCUGACCAUCAUCACCAUCUUCCACGGGACCAUCCUUUCCCUUUACUGCAUGCCCAAUUCCAAAAACUCUCAACAAAUGGUCAAAGUGGCCUCCAUAUUUUAUACAGUCGUCAAUCCCAUGCUGAACCCUCUGAUCUACAGUCUAAGGAAUAAAGAUGUGAAGGAUGCCUUUAGGAAAUUAAUGGACAGAAAAGUCCCAUUUCAUUGA